CGGCUGCCUCCCGCGGCUGGGCACAGGGAAGAGAGGAAAAAGGAGAACGCAACCAGACGCUGCUGCCAAGAACCAUUCACUGCCGCUGCGGAGACCCUUUCGUCGCCAUUCCCAUCACCAUCAUUCCGCUUCCACACCCCAACACGCCCCAGAGCAAUGGACGCAGAGCAAAUAGACGCAUCCCAGCAAGCACUCGGGUAUGAACGCUUCGAACUCGGAAUUUGCGAUCACACCUUGGAUGACGCCCACCUUGAAACACGGUGCCCGCUCGACAAUGGGCGACAUACGAUGCUGUCGCAACACUCAACGCGCCAGCCGGUGGGGCGCCUGGACCUCCUCCCACUGGAGCUUGUCAGCGAAAUUCUCCUUGCGCUGGAUAUACCGACCUUGACCAGCUUCAGGCGCGUGAAUCGCCGUGCCAUGGAGCUUGUCGAUUCACUUCACCAGUAUCGGUCGAUCCUCAAGCAUUGUCCCAACAUCCUGCGCGCUAUCGUCAGCACGAAUGCAAGCUCCUAUACAUGUCGCGUGCUGUACGACACACUUUGCAACACCAAGUGCUCGAGCUGUGACCGGUUUGGCGGCUACCUCUACCUCAUCACCUGCCGCCGCGUUUGCUAUUUCUGUUUUUCCCGCAACCUCAUCUAUUUUCCGCUCUCAGCCUGGCAGGCGGCCAAGCUGACCGGGCUCUCGAGACGAGAUCUCAAACGGCUGCCUCACCUUGUCAGUCUCCCUGGGAGGUACACCGCCAGCGCAAAGUUGUCAAAGGGCAGGACCAUGCUCUUCGAUCGGUGGGCCGUCCUUCUUUUGGACAGGGCAGGCGACGGCCAGCGCCAGCCAGUCGAUUACACAACGAGGGAGCCCCGGCGGUUCAUGCCGAUCAUUUCAGCGCCCUAUCUCAGCCAUGCCGGGCAGAGGGCUGGCUGGGGCCUUCAUUGCCGCCGCUGCGAGCGCAAUACCGACCUUGAGAAUCAUUUUAGGCACCAAUUCACAAGAGACGGCCUCGUUGCACAUAACCAGCAACACAGAGAGACAUGAGGUUGAGGGGCCAGAGGUCAACGAUUCGGGAAUGAGACAACCACGAUGAGAACCUCCAUUGCUCCGCCAUAUCACU